AUGCAUGGACCUCUGUUAAUCGCCACUCUUCUUUGGCUGAGCAUCUACGCAGCUUCACUCCUCAUAAAGCGCGGCAUUGGUGUAAGAGGCCUCUCAAUUGGGUGGUGCAGCAUAACUUUUUGCACAGCCCAUUUCAAUCGGAUCUUCUACAACAUUGGAAGGAAGCACAACAGAUUGUUGCGGCAAUGGUUUGGUAUGGGCACGAUUGCAGCGGGCAUGCUGGGCAUAUCCGUGACCUUCAUCUUCAUGCAGGAGCUCUGGCAGGUCAUGAGGUGGCUGAAAGAGGUUGCCACGGAUGCCAGCCCAGACCCACAGCUUCCAGCUCAGGCUUGGUCACUGGGCGUUGCCCUGCCAGGUCUCACAGUCCCUUGGGGUCAUGCUGUGUAUCUGUGGAUCGCCACAGCCCUGUCCCUUGGUGUGCAUGAGGCGGGUCACGCCUUGGCAGCUGCAGCAGAAGGUGUAGGCAUCCAUCACAUGGCUGUGUUCUUGGUCCUGCUGCUGCCAGGGGCAUAUGUUGCGCUGGACACAGACACACUGACCAUCCUAAACCCCUUGAGGAGUCUGAGGGUGAUCUGUGCUGGAGUGUGGCACAAUGCAGUGCUCUGCUGCAUGUGCUGGGUGGUGGCUCUGAGCCUGCCAUGGAUCCUGUCACCGGGCUAUUCUAUUGGCAAUGGCGCUGUUGUCAGGCAGCUGAGCGAGGCAAGCCCUGUGGGUGCGUACCUGUCUCCAGGAGAUAUGAUUCUGAGCGUCAACCAGUGCCCUGUCAAGGGCUCCCGAGACGGAGAGGGGCGGCCGAAGCAGGACACACAACAGGACAAGCAAGACACUAGCAUGCACACGGUCCGCCAGGGGCCGGCUGCAGUUGAGCAGGCUGCACAGCGGCAGGACGGGUUGGAAGGGGGAGGUUUUGAGGGCCAGGAGCAACCCCUGCCUGAAGAUGCAGUCGUGGGAGUGUGCCUGCCAGCCAGGACGGCUGCAGGGCACCGGGCAUGCACCAGCACACAAGGAACGCCUCAGAAGGGCAGUGGCUGUGCAAGGAACGCCGCCUGCAUGGUGCCAGUGCUGCUCCCAGGCGACCACAUGUUCAAGGUGUGCUACAGCAGGGAUCGCAAAGGGAAGGAAGCAGCAGCAGGGAAGAUGACGGACUUCUCUCCAAAAGCGGGCUGGAUAUUGACGGGCCUGCCACAUGUCAUAGAGCAAAUGCUGGCAUACCUGUUCAACGUGUCGGCCGCCCUUGCGCUCAUCAACAUGGCACCAGUCUUCUAUUUUGACGGCCAGGCCGCGCUUGAGGCCGUGCUCGGUCUGCAAGGUGGCGUGUCACUGGUGCCCGCUCAAAGGUCAGGAGGGCAUCGGUGGAGGCUGCUGCUGUAUAGAUGGGCACUUCGAUUAGGGACGGCUGCGUUUGCCGCUAUUCUGGUGAUGCAUGCAGUGCAGCUGGCGGGCUUUGAAGCCAGCUUGCGCAAGAAAUUUGCAUACGCGCGCCGCGCCAUCAACUUUGCCAUCACAUGA